AUGCUCAUUCUCAUCGUACUGACCACCCCCAAAUCUCUAACCCUAACCCGAACGAACCAUUAUACAUAUCUUUCUCUUUCUCUCUCCUCUCACCGAUCCAUUCUGUUCUCAAUAAUAUCGGCUCGCCUUUUCUCUCCCUUAUCUAUAUAUCUGAAACGCUCCUUCGCUUUUCUUUGUCCGCAAGGUUUUCAAUUCAUCUCCACGGUGACGCCUCGUUUUCAAAUUGCCUUCAAUCCACGAGGUGUGCAGCAUUUUCUACCUUGCUGA